UUGUUGAGCUUGAAACCGUUGCUCCUUGUUUGUGUUACAUCCUUAGAAGAAAUUGUCCAGAAGAUUAUUGAAGCUAUAGAGAUGGUUGGUCAAACAUUGACUAAUUCGUUUGGUCUGUGUGUGUAGAGGGCGAGGGUUGAAGUCAAAGGCUCGCAUGACUAUUCCCAGGGUUUGGUUACUUUUUUGUCUACUGCAUCUCCCACUUGUAAUUAAUGUUCACAAUAACAGCAUUAAAUAUGUACCCGGGAGUUAAUUAACUAUUGUGGGAUGCAUCGUAGGAAAGGUCAGUAGCUGGCCUAGGAUUGACCUCGAUAAGUCAUAAAGGUUUCUUGUCCUUGACUAUGGGACAGCAAACUGUAGUCCCCUUCUGUUGAUAUUAUAGUCACCCAUGAUUAUUCGUUUUCUAUGAUAAAAUUUAGGUAAAAUAUCUUUUAAUAUAAAUAAAACUCCAGCAAAUAUAAGUUUCCAUAUAAGCACCCUCCUAUGCCUGGAAUGGCAGUUAUUUAAAUGAAUAUUUUAAAUUUAAAAUCAUCUAAAAGCUUACAGUAGAUGAAAAUAAUAUGGAAAUCAUUAUGUAUAAAAAUGUAUAGCCCCAUACUUAAACCCGUUGGAUUUGUUUACACUUUACAAACAAGAGCGGGCGAGUGAGUGCGUCUGACAGCUGUGAGUGUGAGUGUAUGUGGCUGAUGACAGCCUGUCUGUCAUGAUGGAUCAACAAAUGCAAAUGUCGACAAGCAAAUCUAAAGAUGGCCAACCAUUUAAAUGUUUUGGCAAGAUUAUCCCGCCAGAGAAAGUGGAAAGUUUUAAACAAAUACGGGAAAUUCUUGAACGAGAACGAAGGCAACGACAUCUUGCUCUUCAAGAGACUGCCUCCAGUCAAAGUAACGAGUUCAAAAUCAAUUCUUCUAAGAAGCUCACUCCUUUGGGAUUUUCACCGUCAUUUUUUAUAAUGAGAGAUAAACUUAGGUAUUCGAAAAGUUCCAAUUCUGCCAGUAGACGUUUGGAUGCUGCCCACUCAAGAGGUGCUAACAGCUACCACAAAAAGGAUACCGAGACUCGGAAAAAUGCAAUUAAGCUUCCAUCACAGGAAUGUCGUCGUGCACUCCAGUUUGAAAGUGGAGAUGAAGGUGACGGUUCCGACGAUCACACAGCACCAUUGGCCAUGAUGGACAUAACUAAUAUGGUUUCCGGUUCAUCACUUCUACCUCCAUGUCAGCCCCAUCACCAGUUAAAGGAAAACCAGCUGCCAGUUAUCAAGAAAAGCAUUGUGUGCUUACCUAACACAAGUUCAGGCUUGAAAAGUGCGGCUCACAGGAAACGCUUGAUUAAAAUUGGCGAGGAAGAUGAUCGCCCUGAGAGUUCUAGGGUAAAAACACGACUGCUAAGACCUACCAUUGCUCCUCUGAAUCGCAGCACUUCUCGGCAAGUGUUAAAUGCAAACGUCAAUACACAGAGUGAAUUAGAGGAACAAAAAUUGCAAAGUCAUGGAAAAAACUCCGCCAAGAAGGUGACAUUUGCUAAAGAACUUAAACCCGCAAGAAGAAGCCUGACGAGAAGAAGUGUCGGUACAUUGUGUGUACGAACACCAACGCGCAAAAGUGCUAACAGAAUCUCAAGGGCUCAAAGCAUGUCUAAAAUACCAAGGCACAGUGCAACUCAGCAAGUCAUUGGUAAAUCAGCGCUAAAAAGAUGCCAGAAGCCUGCCAUAAGUAGCACAGCUCGGACUGUAAACACAUCCAUAAUUAUAGGAACACCUGAGCAUCAUUUUGAAGUUGAAUGUGAUUUAAAAAUACCCCAAAUUCUAAUAACUCCUCCAGGCAAUACUGACAAUCAACACCAAGGUGCUGAAAAGGGCUUCGUCAAUAAAGUUGACACACGCGAUGCUGAAGUCAAUACCACCGUAAGUUUUGUGCGUGGCUCGUGUCUUGACGAACAGCUUUCGACUGAACUAGAAAAUCUAUCCAGGGAACAAGAUGAAAUCAGUUUAAAGGCCAAGGCAUUAUGGGAGCAAACUCAUGCAAGACGCCAAAAAAUGAAGGACUCUGGGAUUAUGAAAAGUGUUUUUAUUUCGGUAUCUCCGCUGGGAAGACUACAGCGUUUGCUACAAAACCGGAAUCGUUGCACAGAAGACGAGAAUUCAUCCACAUCGAGGUUCUUGAAUAAUUCUGGUGUGAACGAGAAUGUACUUGGUACCGAGGCCUCGGUGCAGAGUGAAGGGACACACAUUGAUGACAGCAGCGACGUCGCUGCUGUCUUGGACCCACAUUGUGUCACUGAAGAGUGCAGCAGCUUGAACACAACAUCCAACUUGAACAACAGUAAUUCUUAUUGGAACCACGUGAAGCAUGACAACAGGUUCCUACGAACUCCUGCCAGUAUGCCUGCUCAGCGCUUGUUCCAACACAUGCCGGUGCAACCUGAGGCUGAAGAAUCAUUUACUGUAUCAAAGGUGGAACUAUUUAGAGAUGUAAAUGAAGAAAAUGGAGAAUCCCCAUUUGCACAGUUAGUCGGUGACUGUGAGCGGCCUUCGUUGGCACCCAUGACGCCUCACUCUCGCCAACAGGUCUCGCAGCUCAAGUCAAGUUUAAAAAAACAGCUGGAACUAUUAUAUGAUUAAAUUAUACUGUAUCUUACCUUGAGGUGAUUUCGGGGCUUAGCGACCCCGCGGCCCGGUCGUCGACCAGGCCUCCUGGUCGACGUAUAGGAUAGCUCAGAUACAGAAGGGUCCCGGUAGUAUAGUCGGGUUCGUUCUCGAGACAUAAUCAAGAAUUCCGGGUUCGAAUCCCGGGCGGGACACAGAUAGUUGGGCACACUUCGCUUCACCUAAUGCCUCUGUUCACCUAGCAGCAAGUAGGUACUCAGGAGGUAGUCAGCUUGUUGUGGGGUUGCAUCCUGGGCAGGGUCUGUAAUUCGACCCUGGGGGAUGGGGGCCGGAUAAAAGCCUAACGUGUAUAAAUACACUCUGGCUUCCUGUCCCCCAACAUAUGUGACCUUCAAUUCAUUAUUUUUUUUCACAAAUUUAACUGGGCACAUUUUGAAAACAAGUUUUGACUAUUCUUUAAACCAUUCCGUUGAUAAACACUUGAGAAAGAUACGGAAUAAAACGUCAGGGAUUAUUGGUCCAGGAAAUUUCCUAAGUUCUAAAAGAUAUACAGUAUGUAGAUCCAAAUGGAGUUUUUGUAUGUAUGUAUGUAUGAUAAUAUACCAGUGUAUGUAUACUGAACUCAAGUUGCUGAAAUAAACACCAUCACCUUGGAAGAUAAUAGCAACUUGAGUUGGAAGAUAUUAAAGAUCUUCUUGAAAGUUAAGAUUUAUGGAAAAUGUUUUUGAAAUAGGUUGGUGAUAUUUAGCGCCCUCUGAUUAUUUCGCACUUUGAUGGUGCUACAUAGCCUUCCCGGUUUGGUGCCUUCUUUUGAUAAUUACCUUACCUUUUUGAAAUAGGUUUAUAAUAUAUUUGUUAAUUUAUAAAUAUUAUUUGGUUUAGAAUGUGUUACUUUAGGAAUUUAGCUUUAAGGUACUUUGCAAAUAAAGUUGACAUGGUAUUUUAUCGGUAAAGAUCAUCCAUUUUCUGUUAUGUAUAAGCUUUUACCUCAGUUGAUUUUUGAGACGCUGUAAUAAAUGAUAUGAAAGUACCUUAAGGAUUUAGUAUAUUAGUGUGUUGAUACAUGUACAUGGAAAAUCAAAUUAAAUUUCAAAACACAAUAAUGUGUGUGUAUAUAUAAGAUGUUCGGGAAGCUUUCAGUAAAAGAUGUUUUAUAUUUUCUUAAUAUAGCCUUCCCAGUUUGGUGCAUUCUUUUGAUAAUUACUUAUAUUUUCUUGCAUUUAAAAAUCAGCUGUACAUAUCAUAUUUAAUGAUGCAUCACAAAUAUAAGAAGCCAUUAAA